AUGCCAGACUACGUAUAUGCUUUACAUGAUUUCCUGCCAGAGAACGAGGAUGAAGUUUCCUUUCGAGCUGGAGACCGGAUAGAGGUCAUCGAGAAGGACGACAUGUACGGUGAUGGCUGGUGGCAGGGACGAAAUCUCAAAGGAAAGGUCGGCCUCUUCCCAAAAAGCUAUACCGCUCCAGCUGCCCCAUCUACCGAGGUCCCAGCGCCUCAAUCGACCCCAUCCGCUAGUGCUGAGACUUCAUCCGCCCCCACCGGAGAGCCGGAAAUCACCACCAUCGCCUCUCCACAACCCAAAAAACUCACACCAACGUUCCUAAGUGGGCAUCACGAUGACGAAGGCUAUGUGGAAGUCCCAGAUAACGGAGAUCUGCGGGGCAACGGAGACGAACUUAGAAUGACAGAUGUGCAGAGAACUAUUGAGCAGCUUGCAAGGGGGGGCGCGGAUGGGGAGGGAGGUUUCACAUUUGCAAGCUCACAUGGCGGGGACACGGAGACGGACGAGACGGACUUUGAGAUGAGCGAUACGGAACGUGCAAACGAUGUGAACGGCGCGCAGGAUUGGCAUAAAGGCGCGCGGACGAAACUGGCUGAGAAGGCAAGGAGGGCGGUGGAGGAGGCUGAAGCGAUCAUGACUGGCAUUAUUGGGUCGUCUAGCGGUACUGGAAGGAUGGUCAGUGCCCCUCCGAUUGAGGCUGAGUGGAGCGACGAGGGCGACGACGAAGGGGGCCCUUUCGAUCGGAUGGAUUUUACAUCCCGGUCAAGCAAGGUCCAGAGGGAAAAACCUUACAUCCUGGAAGAGGUCGAGGAGGUCGAGAAUGGCGAGGCUAGCAAGGGUGGCCAUGCCCAGGAUUUGUCGAUGGACGCGGCUACGACGAUCACUCAUUUAUCCUCUGAUUCUGGGGACCAUCUGCAAGAGAAGGACGAGUUGGAGGCGCAAACCGCUACAAAGACAUCAUUCCCCGUCUUCCAGUCACCUCCUCCAUCGAAUUUGCCGCCUCUUUUGGACGAAAAGAUCCCCUCUCCUGCCAGGUUACCAUCGGCUAAACCCAGUAGCAUUCCAACGGACCCAACUGCUGCUUCACUAUCAAAACACAACAGCGUUAUGUCCUCGUUCUCGAGCAAUGCACCGAGUGUUGCUCUUGCUCCUGCUUAUCAACCUGUAGUGGAGGAAAAGGAGGUAGGGAAGAAGUACCCUAGCGAGUGGACAGUCGAAGAAGUCGUGGAGUGGUUGAAAAAUAAGGAAUUUGACCAAGCUAUCUGUGACAAAUUUAUUGGCGACGUUCUCCUCGAACUGGACGUCAACCUACUCAAGACUGAAAUCGGAGUAAUGGCGUUUGGGAAACGCACGCGCAUCGCAAACGCCAUAACUGACCUGCGUCUCGGACCCCCCUCCAUAGUCUACUCUGACCAUCCAAUGACGGAGAUGCCGUCUCGCUCGUCACCCAUGUACAACGCCUCCGACGCUCCACCACGCGUACAUUCCAGCCAAAGUCACACUCACCAUUCCUCCUCGGGGACGUCGGGGCAUGAUUCCUCGCAGAGCGUACAGAGCUCGCUUGGGAGCCCAAUUGCGUAUGGCGCUGGGAUGCUACCCCAAUUUAGCUUUGGUGGGCCGGGGCACUUUGGACCUGCAGUUGCUGAGGGUGGGUCGUCCUCUGGUGAUAUAUACUCGCACUGGAAUGGGCUUGAGAUUCCGCCUGUUGUGGAUGAGGGUGUUCCGACUGCGUUGACUUUUGAAGACGUUCAGGGCAAGAGCACGUUUUUGCUGGAUGCUAAUGGUGGUUUGAAGAAGGGCCGUCCGUCACAGUUGACACUUUCGCCUAGUGAUGGUGCGCUGAAGGAGAAAAUCAUUUUGCAGCCUGAACAAAAUGAAGAUGAGGAUCGUGGGCAUAUGGGUGAGGGAGAAGUUGAAGUUCCUCCACAGAGCAUGCGUCGGCGGCGCCUAAAUAGUCGCUCGCACGACUCGACUACAUCAGGUGGCCAUUCAUCACCUAAGCACUCUAUUGGUAUCUCUUCACCAGGAGCGCCUACUCAUAGCCAUGAGGAUAAAAACACUACCUCCUUGACAAACGGGUCAGUAAAGCAAGCUCGCGUGCGAAAGGACACGGAUGGCGGUAAGCCUGGUAACACGUUGAGCUUGUUCGCAGUGCCAUUCGCUGGGAAGAGUAGAAAGCCACCUCCAAGCGCCGGCGAGCACGAGUAUCACGCUGAGAAGUCAUCGAUGUUCGGUCUUCCCAAGGGGAUGUGCAAAUCGUCAUCUACUCACUCUCAACGACCGUCUACGCCCACCGGAUCGCCAAAGGAGAAAUUGAAAGAACCACAGUCUUCUUUCAAGGACCGCCACGAGAAAGGGCGAAAGGAGGAAGAGAGGAACGAGAAAGUUGCUGCUGAUAUUGAGCGAUCGACUUUGAGGAAACGUGGCGUUUCUUCUGUUCAGCAGAGUAAUGGGUCGUCGGUGGACGGAAAGAGUUUGAUUGGAGUUGGAGGCGGUGUUACGCAGGGGCAGAGUAUUCUUGGACAGAUUGGAGAGUCUGAUCACGUUGGGUGGAUGCGCAAGAAGAGCGAUCGGCAUAAUUCGUGGAAACUGCGGUAUUUUGUGUUGAAGGGUCGGCAUUUGUAUUGGUUGAAGAGUUCUAGCGUUUCGGAAACUCGGCUAAAGGGAUACCUCGACAUUAUGGGGUACAAAGUGACCGUGGACGAGACUUUGGAUCCUGGUCGUUAUGGAUUCAGAAUUGACCAUGACGCAGACAAACCGCAUUUCUUCAGUUCUGAUGAGAAGUCUAUCAUUCGCGAGUGGAUGAAGGCGAUCAUAAAGGCUACAAUUGGUCGAGAUUACGCGAAACCAGUCAUUUCAUCGUGCAAGAUCCCAACGAUUCCUCUGGUCGUCGCACAAGCCAUGAAUCCCGCUCCACGCCCGCCAUCUCCAACUGCUCGCGAUGCUACUCAAAGAGCACUCCGACGUGAAAAUCCCAACCAGCUGUCAAGUCGUGACGCUCGUGUACUUAUGGGGCUUUCUUCUCACAUGGGUAGCGGCCAAACUCACUUGAAUUCUUUCUUUGCUGAACAUACGGCUAUAGAAAACGAUGAAACUGUCCCAAAGUCCCCAAAGUCUGCUCCCUCGAUACCGUCGAGGGGGAUGCGUAGAGCCAAUUCUGUACGCUCAGCGCUCAGCCCAGCUGAUAACGCCUUGGUGGAAUGGGCCAACUCCCAUCUCUCUGCUUCUCUACAAGUCGAGGACCCCACCGUUUCUUUCUUUGGUGGUCUUGCGCUUCUGCGUCUUGCAGAAUAUAUCAAAGGCAGGCCGUCUUCGCCCCCCGUUCCUGAUUCUGCUUUCCCAGUUGGUCCCACGGACGACAAGCUCGACGGCCUCUUUCUUCUAUUCGACUUUUUGCUCGACAAUGACGUGACGAUGGGGAGCGUGAGCAUCAACGAUAUCCGACAAGGAAAGAGGGACAAGAUCCUGCAGCUCCUGAAGGCGCUCAAGUCGUGGGACGACAAGAGGCGAGCUCUCGCCCAGACGAUGAAUGGAACGUUGAAUCCCAGUGGUGGUGGGGCAUUCUUGAUGCCGACAGGCAUGCAGUGGGCUAUGUGUUUGAUGUCCGUGUUGACCUUCGCGCCUUCGCUGAGCUUUCUCCCGCAGAGCAUUCGCCCCAUGAAUUCGAUUGAGUUUAGGCCUUCCGAGUACGAAUUCAAGAGGCCUCAGCCCAUGGUGCAGCUUUCGAGGGAUCUUAUCCCCAGUUUUGAAGCUGAGGCUCAUCAUCAGAAAUACGUCCAACGUUGGUCGACCCUCGACCUCUGGCGGCGACUCUGCCGUGUCCUUUUGAUUCGUGAAUCGUCCCCAUGCCAUCCUAAUUCUUUGGCCAUCCAACAUGCAAUCGUUGUUCAUUUCCCGAGUAGCCAACAACUUUGCUCAUCACCUGUACCGAGUAUCAGAAAACCUAUCCCCCCUUCCACCCUCACAUCUUCUUCUUCGCUGCGGUCCCUUCGUGAACCGUUGAUCAGGGAGCUACCUCUACACACGAUCUGGAUGGAAUGGCGUUUACUGAGAUCAGAUUCCUCGUUCAUCAAAGGCUUUCUAUGGCAAACUGCCAAGAUCGAGGAUAACUGCGUUUUGAGAGAUCGUACAUAUAUGCGCGGUAUCUUUUGGCGCUGGAGACUCAACCUGACUGAGCGCGAGGUGGCUGGUACCUGUGGACCCCGAAUCCACCUCGAAGUCACAAGUCUUGCCAAUGGCUGGGGAAAUUUGCACGGUCUACAUGAGGACGCCCGCUUCGAGAAUUUCUGGUUGAUGCCUACCUCCCGCCCUGGUGUUCGGGGCGCCAGGAUCGUUUGUUGUCUGUACCAGUGUGUGCUUAAGUGGUUUGUUCUUCUCAGGUCCGCCGAGGCCGCUCUCCGGUGCCAUCAUCAUGCGUCCAUCUGGCAUCUUUUUCAGAAGGAAAUUUGA